AUGAACAUGAACAGGCUCAGGGUGAGCAGAGACGUGGAGGUGUCGGUCACAGGAUUUUCCAACCUGCCACUUCACAUCCAAGACUUCCUGUUUUACCGCCAUUGCCGUUAUUUCCCAAUGCUGCUGAACGUUCCCAAUAAGCGUGGUGGUCCACAGAAUUCUGCACACGUGUUUCUUCUGCUGCUCAUCAAAAGCUCUCCGGCCAACUACGAGCGACGGGAGGUCCUGCGUAAAACGUGGGCAGCAGAGAGGAUGCAGAAUGGCAAACAGAUUCGCACGGUGUUCUUGUCUGGGACCAGUGGAGACGGCUACGAGAAGAUGAGGCUGAACAAAGUCCUGUGACUGGAGAACCGUGAACACCAAGACAUUCUACUGUGGGACUUCACGGAUUCCUUCUACAACCUCACCCUGAAGCAGGUCCUGUUCAUGGAGUGGCUGGAGAGAUGGUGUCCCAAUGCACACUUCCUGCUCAACAGAGAUGAUGACAUUUUCACCAACACAGAUAACAUGGUGGAGUAUCUGAAAGGGCAGGGCGACAGGGAUGGAAACAAACACCUCUUUGUUGGAAGCUUGGCCUUUUAUUUGGGUCCCAUUUGAAAGAGAGUCCAAGUGCAUGAGUCAGACCGCUAUCCUCCUUAUUGUGGUGGAUGUGGAUUUUUGCUCUCACGGUUCACUGCCAGGACUAUCCACAAUAUGUCCCAGUCCAUCACCCUGAUGCCCAUCGAUGAUGUUUACAUAGACAUGUGUCUGGAAAAGGCUGGUCUCAAACCUGAGUCACACAUUGGUGUGAGGACUACUGCUCUGUAUAUUCCCUCUCAGAAGGUGGACUCAUUCGACCCCUGCUACUACCGAGAGAUACUCCUGGUCCACCGGUUCCUCCCUUACCAGAUUCUCAUGUGGCAUGAAAUUCACCGGGAUGAUUUAGAAUGUGCAAAGACAUGA